AGUCCCAUCUGACCAGUCGCCUCGCCCCUCCCCUUGGCGCCUCAAUCCAAAAUCGUAUUUAAACGUUCAAUGUCAGAGUCCCGCUGGUGUUAGGAGUUGAUCGUAGCCAAGUGAAGGUGCCGUGGGAAAAUCCUCCCGAAGUUCACUUCCACGCAGGGAAAACAUAACAGCAACUUCAAUCGAUUAGUCUAUCCCGGCUGUCUUUGUUAAUUGAUGCCUGUCUGUCUUCACACAAUUUGCACCGGUUGGGAUCUGUAAUAAAAAAGAAGAAGAAAAAAAGAGAAGGAAUCCAGGUGUUGUGCCAACUUCCUCCUUUCUUCCCCGGGGACCGUGAGAAUAAAGCUCUCCGCGAUGCAAUCGCUUUUCCCGGUGGCGAUGUGUUGCAUCAGCCUGCUCCAUUUCUUGCAGCAGCCGCUGGCUUUGCCUGUCACGAAGAGUCACGCCAGGAACAGGUUCCAUGCAUUACAAAUUGUUGAUGUGCCUGUGGAAAAUGAAAACCCAUCUUCUGGAACUUUUCCUGCUUACGAGAAUUCACUGAUGAUCAUGGCCAAACCGAAGAACUGGAAACAUCGGCUAGGCAUUAAAGCAGAGAACCUGCGCAUUUUCAAAGAGGGAAGGAACAGACUUCACCAUCAAAAUGAUAUACCAAACUUGGAUGGUAUGGACAUAGAAAAACAGAAGGUAUCACGUGGACGAAGGCAUGCUCAUCCCGGAUCACGAGGACACCACCCUCAGUUGAUGCGUGUUGGCUGUGUGCUGGGUACCUGCCAAGUUCAAAACUUAAGCCACCGACUCUGGCAGCUUAUUGGUCAGUCAGGACGUGAGGACUCAUCCCCUGUUAAUCCUAGGAGUCCACACAGCUAUGGAUGAGCCCAUAAAAUCAUCUGAGUCAAUAAAGUAGGAAAAGACUUUGGCAUAGGUCGUCUUUCUGUAUUAAAACGUAGGUCUUGUUUGGCGAUGUUUUAUUGUACUAUAAUCAGCUUUUUCUGUGCCUUUAUUUAAGCCAACGACUACUGUCACAUUUACUUUGUAGUUUGUGCCUUAGUCCUCAUAUAAACAGUGCAAGAUGCAAUGAUUAUUGGCUGGUGCAUAUGUAACGUCACCUCCCAGAUGUUCCUGGCCACAUUUGUUAUACAGCUGUGACUCCUGAAAGGUAUUAUGAACCCUUGAAGUAGAAAACUCUACUCAUCUGUCCUGUUACUAUACACUGGGGUAGCACUUGCAGAUUGCAGGAUGGUCCAUGCUACUUGGUAGCUAUCAACAAUUAUAUCUUUUUCUGCUUGGAAUGAUCAGUUUUUACAGAUCUUUGAAGCUGGAAUGAAAGUAUGACCUUUAUGAUAAAGACUUUAAGAAAAUAAAAUAAUGUAAAACAUACAUAUAUAUUAAAUAUAAAUACAUAUAGUGUCCCAUUAACACUACAGUUGGAAUAGUAGAGUGACUCCUGUCCCUGAGUGGGAUAAACAAAGUCAGAGAUUGAAUAUAUACUAUAUACUCAUACACACAUAUUUAUAUCUUUAUUUAUGCACACACACACAGA